AUGACGGUUACCACUAAUUUUUCGAUGAUGCGACCCUGUUUUACUGGAUACCCUUUCCAAGAUCUAGGAUCUAUACCAGGACAGGGCCGUGUCAAUCAAUUAGGUGGAGUUUUUAUCAAUGGUCGUCCAUUGCCCAAUCAUAUUCGAUUGAAAAUAGUGGAAUUAGCUGGGGCUGGAGUAAGACCGUGCGUUAUAUCAAGGCAGCUCCGCGUAUCUCACGGUUGCGUAUCGAAGAUACUGAAUCGUUAUCAGGAAACCGGAAGUAUCAGACCAGGUGUCAUCGGUGGUAGCAAACCGAGAGUCGCAACACCGGAAAUCGAGGCCAGAAUCGAGGAAUACAGGCGUGAAAAUCCGGGAAUAUUUUCAUGGGAGAUAAGGGAUCGUUUGAUCAAGGAUAAUGUUUGCGAUAGAACUGCUGCACCGAGUGUAUCCGCAAUUUCAAGACUCCUACGUGGUCGCGAAAACGAUGAGGAAGCCAAACUUGGUGAUUUCAAAACGAGUUCGGGUUCGGAUUGCGAUAGCGAGCCAGGUAUCGCAUUGAAGAGAAAACAACGUAGAAGUCGUACAACUUUUACUGCCAAUCAAUUGGACGAAUUGGAACGUGCAUUUGAGAGAACCCAAUAUCCUGACAUAUAUACCAGAGAGGAAUUAGCACAGAGAACUAAAUUGACCGAAGCCAGGAUUCAAGUUUGGUUUAGCAACAGACGUGCAAGACUUAGAAAACAAUUAUCAUCUAAUGCAACCAGUGGAUACGUUGGAACCGUAGCUUAUCCUGCACCACCUUAUGUACUUCAUCCACCUGCUGCACCUCAUCCUCAUGGUAGUGCUGCUGCUGUACCACCGAGUCAUUCGCAUCCCCAUCCUCAUGGGCAACCACUUCCUGAUACUGCAUUCACCUCGAGUCAGGUUCCAGAGAUUUAUUCGGCUCAUCACGGCAAUAGCAUGUCUCAUCAAUUGGCUGCAGAUCCAACGAGAUUGUCAUCGUCAACAGCAGCAAGUUAUGGUUUACCAACACCGGUUACUUAUCCUAGUACAUUGUUACCACCUACCACGUCAACAUCGACAUCUCAAAUGAGUCAUCAAGUUAAUUCCAUAACGCCAGUAUCGAGUGCAGCAGCUUAUCAACAAAAUCAACCACCACCACCACCACCACCACCAUCAUUAACUGCUAAUCAUCAAUUACCAACUACUGCAAAUACUUUGGUAUCAAUGAUGGCAUCGAAUUCGAUUAAUUCGGUAAAUUCUGGAUCUGAUCAAAUGUCUAACAGCGAAUUAUCGAUGACCGCUGGAUCAUCUCCCGUUCAUCAGCAACAACAGCAACAACAAACUGCUCAAGAAAAUCCUCCUCCCCCAUCAUCUUGGAAUUUACCACCAAUUCCGUCAUCAUCGCGAGUUGCUUUAUCUAGCCCACCUAGUACACUUCAACAAUCCCAUGCUGCUCAUGGUGCUCAUCCUCAUCAAGCUUUUGCAAGUCAUUAUUCGGCUCAGAGUUUCCAACAACCUCCUAGACCAACCCCUCAACCACCUUUUUACACCUGGUAUUGAGAAGAAGAAAAAGUUAACCCCUCCCUCUCCUUCCCUUCCCCUUCCCCCUUCCCCGCCCAUGGAUGUUCAAGACUGCUUAGACAAUUUUUUUUCUAUCCUUUAUCUUCCUCUCUGUCAAUCUUUUUUUUUUUUUUCUCCUUCUGUAACACUUUUUACGGUUAUCCCCAUAGUUAGCAAGCGAAAUAUAUAAUGGAAGCGGUCAUUAGAAACGGAAAAUGAAUUAUUUUAACCUUGAAAUUCACACGAGAAUUGCAUUGGUACAAUUUAUCGAACGAUAUUUAGAGUAUAACUCACAAAGUACUUGGAAAAAAUAAUUCUUACCUUUUGUCUCUUUAAUUUUUAAUCGAAUUCCAUUAAUUCACAUUAAUUUUACUCAUUUCUAAUCUU